AUGAUUGGAGGGACUUCUAUUGCUUUUUCCUAUGGACCGGCUAUGGCACCGAUUGGAGUUCUUACCGCUGGCACUCUCAUCACUUUACAAACUUUGGUUGCCCGGUAUUUAAAAAUGCGUGGUCAAAAGGAUGCUGUAUUAGCGGAGGAACCGUCAAGGCUGGCGACGGAGGCGAUAGAACAACAUAAAACAGUCCAAUAUCUUACAAAAGAACGGCUGUUUGUGGACAAGUUUGUUACGCAAAUGCGUGGUCCUCAUAGGAGAGCAAUAUAUCGGGGCAUCAUUCAAUCGUUGACCUAUUCCCUCUCAGUCAGUUUUGUUAAUUUCAACUUUGCCAUCGCCUAUCGAUACGGUAUCUGGUUGGUCAGAAGAAAGACGUGUUCUCCAUACACGGUCUUCCAGGUCAUUGAAGCACUGAACACUGCCUCGAUGUCACUGAUCGCUUUCGCCACUUAUUUCCCAGAAUACGUCCGUGCUCGACUAUCUGCCGCGCUUCUUUUCCAGAUGCUGAGAGAUAAACCAAAAAUUGACAGUCUUUCUCCGCUGGGAAAGCAAACUACCUUAGAAGGAUCUAUCCAUUUUGCGCGGCUGUCAUUCUCAUAUCCUGUCAGUCGCAGAGCUAUGGUACUCAAAGGUAUCACUAUAAAGAUUCCUGCUGGGAAGACUGUAGCGCUAGUUGGACCUAGCGGCUGCGGAAAGAGUACGUCUAUUCAGCUUAUUGAAAGGUUCUACGAUCCAGUGGCUGGAGCUGUGGUAAGGUUUCUGCGAGGUGUCCAGAUCUUUGCUAUCGAGUAA